AUGGGUAGUAAUAAUAAUAAUCGUUUGAUUCAGAAUACUACCGCUGUGGAUACUACUGCAGGUUAUCCUCCUCCUCCUCCUCCGGCUACUGCUGCUACUACUAAUAUCGGUAAACCACAAUUAAUUCAACAAUCGAUUGUAACAAAUCAAGGUGUACGUUAUCGGGUACUUGCUCCAAGACCUAUGCCCAAUAUACAAAUGAAUCAAAUGGCGUAUAAUCCAAUGCUGCAUAAUAAUAGAACACCAGCUUCGUAUAUGACGACACCUAGUCGAUCAUUUAAUCAUAACAACAACAACAACAACAGCAACAAUCAUAAUAAUAAUAAUAAUAGUCGUUCGGCUAGAAGAUCACGUGGAAGACGAGAAACCGACUCUAGUCUGUCUGAAACAGACUCAGAUUCUUUUACUCCUGCAACCACUCAACGAAUGGAUAGAUCAGGUAGAGAAAGCUUACCAGUUAGACGUAGUGCUAGAAAAGUGAAAGCUGUACGUCAUGAUCCUGAUUUUAUUGUUGAUUUCGAUGAAGAUGACGACGAUGACGAUGGAGUUGAUAGGAAAAAGGCAAAUGGCGGUGGCGAUGAUGACGACGAUUCAGAUAGUUUUACUCCAAGUGAAGAACUACACAACAAACCGGGUGCUAGUGGUAGUGUUAGAAAACGUUCUCGUGUACCACCGAUUCAUUUAAAUACUAAAUCAUCUAAUCGAGGUACUAUUAUGAUGCCACAGUAUGAUGGUGCUGGUGAUACCUCCGUUAAUGGUGAUGAUAUUGGCUAUGAUGAUGAUGAUGACGAUGAUGGAGAGGAGGAGGAGGAUGACGAUGAUGAGGAUGAGGAUGCGGAUCAUGAUCAUGAUCGAAAUCAUCAUGUUGAUGAUGAUGAUGAUCUUGAUGAAUAUGACGGCGACGUCGAUGGUGAAGAUGUUGGUGUUUAUGAUCCUAAUGAAUUAGAAGAAGAUGAAAUUGUUGAAGAUUUUGGCGAUGAUGAUGAAGUUGUCGAUUACGUCGAUGAAGAUGAACUCUUAGAUGUAGAUGAAGAUGAAAUUCUUGACGAAGACGUAGACGAAGAAGAAGAAGAAGACGACGAAGAGUAUGAUGAUGAUCCAGGCGAAGAUAUUGAAAAAUUCUCCUCAGUUACUUCUGGUAAACGUAUUCGUUUAGCAUCACAAGUUAUAAAAAAACUUCCCAAGGUAUCAUCAACGGUAUCAACUUUACCGUAUACUGUACAGGCAUUAAAUCCUGAUGGUAGUCUGACAGCACCAAAAGUUGUUAUAUUAAAGAAGAAUCAAAUUGCCUCAUCGAAUAUACCUGGAAGUAAAUCACCAGCACCACCACAGGUAUUAUCUAUACCAUCCGGUGGAGGUGCUGGUGUUGGUCAACGAAUUAUCUUACCAGCUAAAGUAAAUGGUCCAAAUAACAUUGAAGAUACAUCACUGUCAUCUGCUAAAGUGAUAACCACUACUGCUGCUAUGCAGAAAAGAGAAAUAAAAGAAGUUGGUCAACUUAUAAAUCCAACUAAUCAACAACAACCUCAACAAUCGGCCAGUAUGCCGCCACAAGGUUUAAGAUUAGUCAAAAUUGUCCGUAAUGCUGAUGGAGGCACUAGCAUAGUUCCUGUGUCGGCUAUUACUACUACGACUACAGAUGGAAUUCAGACAAACCCUGAAAUCAAUUCAGAUAGUAAUAAUAAUAACAGAACUAUAGAAAAUGAGAAUACGACAACUUUCAUAACGGAGAAUAAGUCUACAAAUAAAUUGGAUCCUGAAGAUAGUAGUAAUAGUAUUCGUCUUGUAUUAAGCUCAGGCAAUGGGCUGACGUCUUUUAAUCUACCAAAAUCAUCACUAAUGCCUACGACGACGUCUGAGUCUAACGAAGCUAAGUCGACUAUUAUGCAUGGGUCUUUACCAGCCACCUCUGUUGAAAACGAUAACUUCAAUACAGGUGUACAACCAAUUACAAUUUCUACAUCAAACAUUUCACAAGGUGGAUUUAUUCUUACAGAUGUGAUGCCUUCUACUGUUACCACUACAACAACACCGUCUUCAUUACAACGAACUGCAGCAGCCAGCGUAACUAUUACUUCUGAUGGAAAGUUGAAAAUGUCAACUGGUAAUACUGUUCGUUUUGUUAUAGCGCCUGCGCCUAAUUCAUCAUUUGCCGGUACAAAUGCGAACCAGAUGGCCACGAUUACAGUAGUUAAAGCACCAAAUCAAUCAGAUGCAUCUUCAGAUUCGGGUGCAGCAACAACUACAAUAACAACAACAUCAACGGCUCCUGCCUCUAAUACAACUACUUCGUCACCGAGUACAACUUCUUCAUCUUUACCUUUAAUACUUCCACGUAGACCACCUGCUAUCCUUCGACGUACACUGGCUGCUGGUCCAACUAAUGAUCCUUUGUCAUCUGUGAAUACAUCCAGUAGUAGUGGUGAUCCAAUUGCUUCACAAUCGCCAAGCCGUACGCCUUCAUUUGCAAGUCUUAUUGCUGCGAAUACAGCACGUCAACUUGUUUGUGGUGGUUAUAACCGAUCAACGCCAACAACAACAGGUGUUCGCUCUGUCAUGUCGAAUUCUUCAAUUCCGACAGCUACUCCUUCUACUAUGGAUAUGCAUCAAGGCAGGCGAUCAAUGUCUAAAGUUCAACAAAUGCGUCAUACCCUGAAUGAUGAGGAUACACGACUUGUAACAAACGAUUCAAAAAUUCUUAUAAGUGAAUAUCAAGGUGGUGCUAUUCGAGGAGCACUUACUGGACUAAGACAAAUAGGUCCAACCGUUAAAAUACACACUCCAAUGAUGGAUGAAACAACCCUGGCUUUAGAUCGUGAAGUUACUGAGGCUAGUGCUAAAUUGGAUUCAAUUAAUGCAGAGAUUGCAACAGUUCGUUCUGAGGCACAAGAAUUGGAGGCGCAGAUUAAAUCGCUUAAAUCCGAGUUAGCUAAAUAUCAAGAGAUUGUUAAUCGUAGUUCACCAACAGUCAGUGCACCAUAUUCUCUUUCACUGCAUACUAUUACUGAAUUUGAUUUAAGUAGUAGAUCAUUUUUGAAUAAAUUUUUACGGAAUACUAAAAAGACAGUCGGUGGUGGUAGUACUACUACCACUACUACUACUACUACGACUGUAAAAACUGAAGAUAAUGAUUCUCAUAUGACUGUGUUACCACAGUUUCUACCAUUCGUCAACUGCUAUUCAUGGCCAUCGAAUUUUCCUGUGGUCAGUCAAUCUUCCCGUAUGGAUAACGGCGAACAGAACCGAAGCAGAAUUCCUUUGAAAUCAAGUUUAUUCCGUUGGAAUCCAAGAAAUUUACGUUCUGUAAUAUUGGCUGCUGGUCGACGUGAAAUUCCAGGUUAUGAUGUUGAGAAGAAACGAUUAUCACAGGUUAACUGGCUGUAUCCAAGUUCCAGGCCAAAUUUUGCAGAAUCAUGGCGUUUCCGGUUAAGUCAAAUACGUACUGGAUGUUCUGGUGUUGGCGGUCCUGGUGAUGAAAGGAGUGAUAAUAUUUUCUUUGGUAUUGAUCUGGCUAAUUUCGCCCUGCUUCUACGUACCCUGUGGCAUUGUAUUCGAUGGGAUGAUAUAUUAGCCGACCCACCAGAUGAUGCACAUGUACUUGAUUCAUCUGGUCAACCGUGUUUCAAGAAGACAUUGGACACAUAUGAUGAUGAGGAGGAGGAUGUGAAUGACGAAGAUGAUGGAGGUGGUGGCGGUAGCGUCAGCGCUAGUGGUGGUGGUGGCGGCCUUUCAAGGAGACAAAAUAUUGUGCCGUAUUCAGUGAGACGUAUUGUUGAAAUUCAACCUCUGGAUCGAUAUUGGUUACAAGCUAAUUAUAAAGUUCGCAUCACUACUACUCGUCCAAAUCGUUAUUCUGGACGUGGAAAAAAAUCCACCGGAAAUACGGAUUAUUCCACCACGGGAAAAGGUGGUGGUAGAUCAGCAAGAUAUCCUGAUUCACCGGAUGCUGAAGAAUCUUCAACAUCGAAUAAACGAAGGGGGAGACGUGCUGGUCAAAAAUAUUCUAAAGCUGGAAAAGAUCCAGAUUAUGAUCCAGCAGUGGAUGAAGGUUGGCGUGUUGGUAUUCCCUGCUCAUCUAGUCGUCGACAAUCACGUCAGAACGGUCGUUCUUAUGGUCGUUCCAAUCGUGGUUCAUAUUAUGAUUCUGAAGAUGAUGAUGAACAUAAUGGUGGAGAAGAAUACGAGGGGAAUCGACGCGGUGUAGCAGGACAACGUCAUGAAGUAUCAAUUGAAGAGAAAUGGAUGUCUGAAGAUGCUGUUUUUCCAUGGGAAAUACGCGUUUUUAUGAACACUUUAUUACCCCCGAAAUCUGCUUAUCCCCCAGUAGGAAAUGAUAAUAGUUCCGAGUCAAACACUAAUGACAAGGAUAAAUACAUAAUAUCUGCUCGACUGACUUCACUUCCUCUCAUGCCUAGUCAAGAGGAUUCAAAUAUGAGGAUGGUGAUGAAUACGUCUACGUCAGCAGCAAAAUCAACAUUGAUGAUAAAUACAACAACAGCGCCAACAGCAGCCUCCGGAUCAGGAGCAUCAGCAUUAAUGUCUCUUGAUCAUCCUAUGCUUAGUCCUGGAUCUUAUGUAGAAAAAGAUGGUUUCUUGUAUGAUGGCCAAUCGAAAUCAUACAUGUUCAAUAAUAAUACGACUUCACGUCGGUCAGCUUUAGCUUCAGCCCUUCAAUCUGGUCGAACUCCAGGUUCAUCUAGAAGUCGUCAUGAUGACCAUUCAGGUGGUGGUGGUGGCAGUCAACAAGUACGUCAACUAUCCCCAAAUACACUUGAAGCGAAGGCUAGAGCUCGAUCAAUAGCUGCUACAAAUGCUGCUAGAGCAUCUGUAGCAGCUAGACGAGCAAGAUUUGAACGUGCACUCUUGGAACAACGUGUUCGCGUAUUGAAGACAGAAUAUACUACACGUAAACGUUUAAUAUUUAAUUGGGCUAAAUCACUUGCUGAUAUCGCUGUAAAUGAAAUUAAAGGUAACCAGUUAGGUGGCGGUAAUAAGUCAGAACAACCAGCUGUUGAAGUUCCUGUACGUGUUGAACAGUCGUCAACAACAACAACAACGCCAGCGACAAAGACAGCAACCACUCAGCCUGUCAAUGAAAAAUCAACUAGACGAAAAGCUCGACCCCCUGUUGCUGGCAGUGGUAGUAAUCGUACAAAAUCAUCGAAUAAAUUACUAGAAAAAGCAAAGAAAAAACCUGGACGACCUAAAAAAAUAACGAACAAUAAUAACAAAAAUAAUAAGAAUAAAACUGCUGCAUCAAUAUCUAAGAAAUCCAAACGAAAACUUGCCUCACCUUCUUCAUUAUCCUCCUCAUAUGGUGGUGGUGAUGAUGAUGAAAUGAAAACACAGAAUUCUGAUGAAGAUGAUAAUGAUUUAACCGACUCCAUUGAUCCUUCUGUAGACGAACAAGAAGAACAAGAAAAUCAACCUGAAUGGAAACCGUCUACAACUUCUACUGGUGCUAUGGCGAUGAUCACUAAAGAAGAAGAUGAAGAAAGACCCUCACCUUCUAAACUGCCUUUAGUGCAUAGUCGUCCACCUCGUAAAAGUGCACUGAAUCAUGAAUUUAUUAAAAUAUCAAAGCAUAAAACUACAAGUCCAGCGCUGAAACUUAUUCAAUCUGAAUUGGUUAAAAGUCCAAUUAAAAAUUUCAAUACACCAGCGAUGACGACACCUACACCAACUACUAAAACCGCAACAUCAACAACAACAACAACACCGCCAGCAUCUAAAAAAUCUUUAACUAUGAAAUUAUCACUUAAAGGUCGAGUAUCCACUUCUUCUUCUGCUUCUAAUUCUACAAGUGCUUGUUCUACACCAAGUACAUCACCUGGACUAGGUGAUUAUGAAGAUAAUUAUCGAAUAAAAUCUAAAAUGAAAAAUCAAAAGUUAACGAUUAAAAUUAAAAAGGAGUCAUCUACUCCCACAAAAGUGAAAAAGUCGAAGCAUACCAAAUCCAUUUCAGAUGCUAUUGAUAAUAACAAUAAUAAUGGCAGCACAACUGUGAAAUCUCCACGUCCAUCUUCGAUAGGCAGUGGUGGGGGCGGUGGCUCCAGUCGAGGACGUGGCGGUGGUCGUGGAGGACGUGGUGGUGGAGCUUCUACUACUGCUACCACUGGUGGUAGUAGUCGUAAAGGACGACCUAAAAUAUCAGCUAAAUUAGAACAAGAGGAUAAACAACAUCAGGGACAUGAUGAACAGCGGCAACCUCAGCAAGAACAAAAGUCUGAACCAGUUGUUAGCUUUCCUCCUCAAAGUAAAUCUGAAUCGCCUGUUAAUACUACUCCAACGACUACAACUACUAAUACUACUGGCCUAUACUGCCUAUGUAAAACUCCUUAUGAUCAAUCAAGGGAGUAUAUUGGAUGUGAUCUAUGCCGUGAUUGGUUUCAUUUUGAAUGUGUCGGCUUGGAUCCAAAAGAUGCGCAUAAGCUGGGUGAUUCAUGGCAUUGUCCUGAUUGUAAACAAGCAGAGUUGAAGGCGAAUGAAAUGUUGUACUGCGUUUGUCGGACGUCGUAUCAACCGACAAGAGUGUAUAUUGCCUGUGACGGAUGCGAUGAAUGGUAUCAUCCUGAAUGUGUUGGUUUAACACCUGAAGAAGCUGUUAAUCAUGAAGAUACUUAUCUUUGUCCAACAUGUCGUGAAUCAACUGCCGCUGCUGGUGGUACAACAACAACUACUACUAAAUCCUCCAAUAGUAGUAGAGGUAGAACCAGCAAAUCGAAAGCAGCAUCCAAUCACUAUGAUGAUAAUAGUAAUAAUAAUGGCAAUACUCUUGAAGAUACAAGUGCUAUUCACCCGGUGACUGGAGCCAAAACUAUUUAUGCUACUCAUCUUAAUACAGAUAGUAUACAAAGAUUAAUUCAUUUAGUGGAUGAAAUUAAGAAACAUAAAAUGUCAUGGCCUUUUGUAACUACUCCAGAUCCGAUAAAGUUCCCUAUCGUCAAUACUUUAAAUUCUGCAUUUAAUCUCCCCAAUGUUAUUAUCAAUUUAAAGACAGGUGUAUAUAAAACGCUUGGUGAUUUCUCCUUCGAUAUGAAUCGUCUUUUUACUAAUUCACGUUUAAUCUAUCCAAAAGAUACAUCAGAAUUUAAUUGCACAGAGAUUAUUGAAGCAUUAUUUGUUCAAAAAAUGAGACAGUUUAAAGAAACUUUAUAA